UGUGCACGGGCGAUCAGGCGACUUUUGCCAUCUCACUCUCUCACUCUCUUUCUUCCUCUCUCUUCCUCACUCCUGCCAUCUCACACUCGUUAUGCUAUCCCUCCUACCUCUCCUACCCCUCGCCGCUGCCGCGACCUACCCCCUCGUCGACAGCCAUAAGGGUGCGACCUUCCUCGACGGCUUCACGGUCCCCGCUGGCGCGUACGACAACACCACUUCCGGCGAUGUGUUCUGGGCGGCCAAGGGCAAUUCGUCGGUCAUGUACUUGAACGAUGCUGGGCGGUUUAUUUUGAAGGUCGACAACACCUCCUUCGUUCCGUGGAAUGAGAAGCGCUAUGCCCCCUCGCUCCUCACGGAGCGCGCGUACCCCAUCGGCUCAGUCUUUGUGAUGGACGCUGUUCACAUGCCCUACGGGUGCAGCGUCUGGCCCGCAUUUUGGACGCAGGGUGCGCAGUGGCCUGAAGGCGGCGAGAUCGACAUCAUGGAAGGCGUGAAUGGGCAAACGACGAACCAGAUCGCGCUGCACUCGCACAACGACGGAUGUUACGCGUCGUCAAGCGCGCAAAUGACCGGCCAGCUGCGCUUGGACAACUGCUCCGUGACGUCGAACGGUGGGAGUGGGUGCACGGUGGGCGACAGCGACACACGGAGCUACGGCGAGGGCUUCGCGGCGGCCGGCGGCGGCGUAUACGUCGCUGAAUUCGCGGCGGACGCCAUCCGCGUGUGGUUCAAGAGCCGCGCCGACGUGCCCGCCGCCAUGAGCGGCGACGCCGCCACGAUCGACACCAGCAUCCUCGGCACCCCGACGGCAAGCUACCCGGCAAGCACGUGCGACAUUGCCAAGUUCUUCGCGGACCAGAUCCUCACCAUCACCAUCACGCUGUGCGGGUCAUGGGCAGGCACGCAGAGCGUGCUCGAGUCCACAUGCCCCGCGCUCAUCGGGACCAACACGUGCUACACGACCUACGUGAUUAACGACGCCAGUGAGACAUACAAGAACGCAUACUUUGAGCUCAACUACAUCAACAUCUACUCGACCGGCGUCGAGCCCAGCUCGAGCAACUCUACGGCCUCGGCCUCCCGCUCGGGGUCGAGCACCGCGCGUACUUCCGCCUCGCCAGGCGCAACCGGCACAAGCGGCGCCCGCCGCGCCCUCGACAUGCCCAUCCGCUUCGGCUGGGCGGCGGGCGUCGCCGCCGCUCUGGGCGGCGCCCUCACCUUUGUCCUCUAACCCAUAGACUCUCCUUGACGACUUUCAACGCGGACUCUGUCGGCUCGGUGACGUGCGCUGUGCAUAGUCUCUGUAGCCCAUAGCCAUUCACAGUAUGCAAAGCUGUGUACAUCAAUCUAUGUUACAAUGUCAUGCAGAUAUUACUCGAGCGGCUC